AUGUCUUCCAAUGAAAGCCCAUCCACCCUUAAGGCUGCCAUUGACAGUGCAACCGGCUAUGUUCAAUCCGGCAUUGCUGCUGUGACCGGAAACACCGCCGAUCAGGCCAAAGCGGAAGAAUACAAGAACAAAGGAGCAACCGAAUCCGACCUCUCGCACUCUGCUGUGAAAGCAGGCCCGUUCGCUGUUAGCUCCACGGGCGUCCUUGCGAAAGACAACAGCGAUCGGACGGAAGGACAAUGGGAUCAGACCAUCGGCAGCACGAAGGAAGCCAUCGGCAACCUUGUCGGCAGCGAAAAUCUCAAGCAACAAGGCCGUGAUCAGAACGCCCAGGGUCAAGCCAAGGAGGCCAAGGGCCAGCUCAGUGACUUAGGAAAGGGUGUCAGCGAUCGUGUCCAGGGUGCGGUCGGUAGUGCCGUUUCUGGACUGACUGGCGAUCGCGAGGAACAAGCCAAAUACAAUAACAUCCACGAUGAGGGAAAGACACGGCAGCGCGGAGUGGAAGUAGAAUUGGACAAGCAGGCCUCUGCUGAGCGCAAGUAA